CCUGAAGAUGAUAUGGUGUUAGAGCCCGAAGAUGAUAUGGUGUUAGAGCCCGAAGAUGAUAUGGUGUUAGAUCCUGAAAACGAUAAUUUGGAUGGGACAGAAUUUGGUAAUACGGAUGUUAAUGAAGACUCUGUGUUAUCACAACCUAUUAGUCAAGAUUUAGUUAGAAAACGAAAAAAAAUUGAAAGACCGGGCACAAUGAUAGAAGGUGGUCGAGUAAAGGUCGUGGUAAAGGAAAAUAAUAAGUGUGAAUUUUCUGUGAUAUCAGAAUCUUCACAAACAAUGAUAGUGCAAGCAUUUGAAAAAAUUAAAAAAUAUACUCCUACUAACCCAAAACAAAAAAAUCUUGAUCACAACAUAGCUGCUUUUAUUGUUGAAGAACUUCAGCCGUUUUCAAUUAUUCAAUCACAGGCAUUUAAAAGAAUAAUUGAAGGGCUUGAUGUACAAGCCAACGUGCUUAGUUACGAUCGUUUGAAGGAAAUUCUAAUUAAUUCUGAGGAUAAGGUUCUGCAGAACCUCCAUGAAUAUACAUUUGAUAGUGCUGAAAUUAGUCAUAUUUCAUUUACUACCGAUAUGUGGACAUCGAAUAAUGGUGAUCCGUAUAUUGGUCUUACUCUCCACUGGGUUAAUAAUAAUUUUCAAGCAAAAGAAAUGAUUGAUAAUCUUCAACUUAAACAUAUUAUAGUUAGUGGUACAAUUGAUAACGGGUCAAAUAUUAAAUCAUGUUUAGAAAAACUAAAACGAAAAUAUGGCAUUUUUAAUAUUCAUUGUUUUGGUUAUACUUUACAGCUAGCAAUUAACAAUGCAUUAAAAGAGUGCUUCGAAAUUACUAAUUUAAUAAAAAAAUGCAAAGAUGUUGUAUCGCAUUUUAGUGGAAGCCCUAAGCAGAAACAAUUUCUUCUAGAAGCUCAAAUUGAGAUGGAAGACUGGGAUAAUUUUCUUUUUGUAGUUUGUGAUGUUUCAACAAGAUGGAAUUUGACGUUUUAUAUGUUAAAAUGGUUAACAACUCUUAAACCAGCAAUGUAUAAAUAUAA